AUGCUGCUGCUGUGGCUGCUGCGGUUAUUGCUGCUGUUGCCGCGCUGCCGUCCUCCGUUGUCCUCUCGUCUUCCACCUAUCCCCCAUGUUCCCGCCCACGCCACCACGGUUAUCACCGCCAGUGACGAGGGCAUAAGCCCCCACGCUCUCCGGCGCCCUCUUCCUAGCGGCCUCCGUCUCCGCCCAGGCAGUCAGAAUCACCUUCUCUACCAAUUCCGUCUUGACCUCCGAAUGCGCCAACAACACGCUCCUCUGCACAUUGAGAUCGGGCAGGAGGUUGCGUACAUAGUGGACGUUAGUAUCAUGAUCGGAUUGCACCCAACCGUAUGCCUCUAGUUUCUGGCGAAGUACUGAUGCUCUUGUGAGAUAGCGCCGGGGCUCCUCCCCUACUUGCUGCUUCAACGAGUACCACUGCCCCUGCAACUCCAACUUGUCCGUUUCUGCGUGCACUCGGUAAAAGUUGAGGAAUUGAUCCCACGAUUCAGUGGGGCAACCACUAGCUAGGAUUUCAGGGACUAUUGUCGGUACUUGUAUCUUGGAUAUAAUUAGCUGCCAAGCCUUAACCGCCCGAUCUACAGCUUCCGUCCCAUGCUCCACCUUCAAUGCCGAGAUAUUCGCAUCCGUCUUCCCUACACGAAGCGUGUUCUUCGAUUCUAUUGCCCCAAGGCAACGCUCCUGCUCCAACAAAGAUCGAAAUUGACUGGUUAAAACCAUUCAUGCCGUCUGUACAUCGUCCUCGGGGCUAAAGUUCCCGGUGAAUGCAAGGAUUGUGGUACCUGCGCUAAUGCGUAUUGAUUCUUAGGGGUUGGGACUUCCCUGUAUUCAUCCUCCGGUUUUAUCUUGACCCUCUGCAAGGCCCGCGCGAGGGUGUUGAUGAGACUGACGUCCGCCGGCGAUCGGGGCUGGUCUUCGGGUCGCGGGCUUGACUCCGAGCCAGCCGGCCUCUCCAGCCGGGUGUCGCCUCCUUCGGAAGGCAUGCCCUCGCUCUGUGCUGCGGGGCGCUCUGCUGCUGUUGCUUCUUCUACUUUGAUCUUGACCUGCUCCUAGAUGAGAGGGUCGAUUACGUUUCGCUGCUCGUCCGAGAGGUGGGGCUCAUCCAGCUGCUGCUCCAUGAUUUCCGUGUCACUGUUCUCUGGCCGAACCCUUUUGUAGCUAGCCCCACCUCGGGAUCCCGUAUGAUAUCACACGCUAGCUUGUUAGGAUAAUCCGAACUGGGGGUAGCUUGUCGCAAGACGUGUGUUGAAUGGGGUGUCGGCAACUCGGCGGGCUUGCGCCGAGGAGAAAAACUUGCGGUGAUUAGUUGCAUCCACAUACACCCACACAAGCCCCGUUGAGGGGGCGACGCCGUAUACAACAGGGGUACCUUGUACAUCCCUGGAAUCCAUUCUACGUACCACACAUGUCACCCGGUAUUCCGCUCUACCUCUUUCUAUGGGAACAUCCAGCACCAACCACUUGCCAUUGCUACAAGUAUAUCUAUCACCGUCCACAUGGUCCGAUGCGGCUGCUCCGGUGCCGCUUCUCCGGUGCCGCUUCUCCGGUGUNCCUCGCUUUCUCCCUCGUUGCACAUAGGGUUCUUGGUCUGAAAAUUCUCGCGCCGGAGGGUCAACCAGCCCAAUCAGCUCGUCACCACCUGUCCCCUCCUCCUUUGAUGGCAAAACCAGAUUGCUGAGACAGUACAGCUUCCUCUAGCAAACCUAGGGCCGUUGCCCGUCCACCUUUCUGAUGGCGUCUGCCUCCGCGCACAAAGAUGAGAUGGGCAUUGCUGCCUACACCGACGGCCUGGAGGCCCGCGCAUC